AGCUGCAGGAGAACUUUCGCGCGCAAAGUGCCGAACUUUGGCGCCCUGCUUGUGAAAGUUCGAUCCGCGUGUCCAAAUGCGGCGAUGUAGAAAAAACACGGGAAUUCUGGGAGCUAAUUCCUGGAAGUCGCGUGCGUAGGGUGUGUAGUCAGACCGGGACUACCGGUCGAAACGCAGAGCCCGCACACCUGCUUCAAAAUUUUUGAAAGCCGAAGCUUUUCGGAACUGCUCUGAGAACUAAUUUCUGAAAGCUCUGAUAUGUUCACACACGACUCGCAAGGCACAUCCUGACGUGUAUGGCGCGAAUAUGUAGAAUCCAGGGGCUCGCAGCCCCUUCUUCCGGCGACGUAGUGGCCGAGCGAGCUUUGCGAGGGCGCACGCCCCUCGUAGCGAAGCGAGCCGUCACUACUUACCCGCUAGCGACCUCUGCUGUUCUUGCAGCCUCUGUUGCACCCGGCGCUGCGACCUCUCGUCGCAGUGCUGGAGCAUGCCUCGACCCAAGUGGUCUAUGGGCGGACAAGAGCUGCGACGCGCGCAGCGGACGUCGCGGCGCGGUCCCUGCUGCGCGCCUCGCUGCUAUGUAUCUAGUAGUGCAAAAGACGCUGCGAAGGAGCGCAGAUUAUACACCUUUACUUCAUACAGAGCCCCCGGAGUUCCACCACUCUGAAGGGUGUAACCUUUUGAGAACAUACGAACUAAACAAGCUGCCAGCCCGUCAAGGGGCGCCAGCGCUCUGCUGGGGAUAGAUUUGGGGAGAA